GGUCAGGAGUGAAGUGUGAAUACCGCUAAUUUCAGUGCAAUAAAAAUCGUACGAAUAAUCACAUCUUCCAUUGAAGACUAUUCCAUAUCGAAGUGUGCGGAUAAAUCUGGGGAAUUGUGCAAUGAACAAAACUAAAGCUACUCUGGCGAUGGAGAUUCCCCGGAAAUUGGAUAAGAUGACGAAGAAGUGCAAGCCUCAAUUCAACCUCGACUACUCGUACUUCAAAACCGCGAUGUCAAAGCGUCGAAGAACAGCGGCAACUCGAGAGCUGACAAAAAUAGCUUACUCGAUGCCGCACAGCGUGAUAUCAUUAGCGGAGGGGAUGCCGAACGAGGAAACUUUCCCUAUCGCUGAAAUUUCCCUCAAGUUGGUUGAUGGCACGAGUCUCGUUCUGGAUGGUGAUGAACUUGGGGUUGCACUCCAGUACAUUCCGAGUCAGGGAUAUCCACCGCUUGUUGAGGCAAUGAGAGACUACCAAAAGAGAGCGCAUAACCCCCCGCUCUGGGAGAGUCGAGACAUUGUAGUGGUGGCAGGAAGUCAAGAUGGUUUGAGCAAAGCUUUGGAAGCCAUCAUCGGACCCGGGGACCCGAUCCUCGUGCAGGAUCCCUUCUACCCGGGAGCUAGUGUUGUUCUUUCUCCGCUGCAAGCCGAGAUAAUUCCCGUCAAGCAGGACAAGCUCGGCAUCAUCCCGGAGAAUCUCCGAGAGACCCUGAUAAAGAGGGAAUCCGAGGGAAAAGAGAUGCCAAAGUUGAUGUACAUCAACGCAUCUGGGGCAAAUCCGACGGGUACAGUCAUCCCCUUGGACAGGCGGAAGGAGAUCUACAGAAUCGCCUGCGAAUACAAUUUCCUCAUUCUCGAUGACGAUCCGUAUCACUUCAUGUGCUUCGACGAGCAGCCGAAGACCUUUCUGUCCCUCGACACAGAGGGCCGAGUAAUCCGAUUAGAUUCAUUCUCGAAGGUCCUGGCCAGUGGCUUGAGACUGGGUCUAAUCACAGCAGCAACUCCCCUCGUCGCAAGCAUAGAACUACACAUGCAGAGCAGUCAUCUACACGCAUCAACGUUAUCACAGGUCCUGUUUUAUAAAAUGUACAAGACCUGGGGAUACAAAGGCUUCAUGAAGCAUUACGCUUUCAUCAGGUCGUUCUACAAGGAGCGACGGGAUAAGAUGAUGGAAUUCGCAAGGAAGCAUCUCAAAGAUUUGGCCGAGUUUGAUGUACCGAGCGGUGGAUUCUUCUUGUGGAUCAAGGUCAAAGGAAUUGAAGACACCUGGAAAAUGGUCAUGCAGAAUGGGGUGAAGAACGGCGUUUUGCUGGCUCCGGGUGCUGCUUUCAUGGCAGAUCCUUCGGAGUCUUGCAGCGCCAUCCGUGCAAGUUAUGCUAAAGCUUCGUAUGAGGAGAUGGAAUUGGCAAUGGAGCGGCUCUCACGGCUCAUAAGGGAAGAGUUGCGGUUGCGGGCCGAUGAUAACACGUAACCACGGAGUCAUCUGAUCAUCAAUAGAUGAAGAUACUUCUGGGAUAAACACACGUGCAGUGAUAACUGUCCGUCAGUAUCUUGACGCAAUCUAGGGGGAAUUAGAUGCAGCGACUAUAGAUAAUAUUGUAAUCUUAGGAGAUGAGAGCUUUCGGGGCCUACAGAGAGAAUUUAAUCAUUUCGGGUAACGAAUUUCUAGUAUAAAGGAAGACUGUAAAUGCUUGUCGAGACAAUUUGAGUCUUGCUGGUAACACCUGGUGAGAGAAACUGCAGGAAGUAAACCUUUGGCAUGGGAAAUAUA